AGCAAGAUGCAUGCCUCGCUGGACGGUAAUAAGUGGCGAGACGCAGCUUGUUCGAGAACCAAGAGCGACGGCAGGACCCGCAGGACCACAACAUGGCAUGGUCAUGGGGAAGGGGGCCAAUGGUGCUUCUGCGGCCCAUGGCCGGGAUCUGGCUCGGCUUCUCGGCAGCCACAACAGCCCGCACAGCCCGCACGGGGGAGAUGCCUGCCCUCGUCUGCAUCGGUGUUAUUAAGCCAUUUUGCAUCGGGCCUGGGAGAAGGAAGCGGGCGGAAAGGGAAAAGAAGCUCCGGCCAUGGACAGAGCAGCGAGAUGGAUGGGCUGAUGGGCCGGAAGGACAGGCAUGGUCGAACGCGAGCGGGCAUGGUUGCAGGAGAAAGCACGGGCCAAGGCGAACAGUCACUGAUAACGACGAUGCAGAUGUGGUCGCGAAUGGAUGUAUUGUGAGUUGGAGGGGACAUUGGAGUCGAAUGGUGGGUGGCUGGGUGAGGGGAUUGCGGUGGUUCGUGAAGUUGCGUGAGGUUGCGUGGCUCUCGGCCAUCGGCGAGGGAACAUGCGGGUGUGUGGUUGGAAGAGAACAACAAAAACAGAGGACGAAAAAGAGCAGCGUCGAAUCUCCCUCCCCACGCCAGAAUCCGCUGUGGAGGGGUGGGAUCGAGAAAGGAGAAAGUGCAGCACUGAGCAGGACGGGAGAGCGAGGAACAUGGGGCUCGUCUCCGACACGACCUGCUGAUCAUCCACGAUCCAUCCAGCGCCGGACAUGGCGGGAAUGAGUGCACCGAUGAUACAUACAAAAGCACGACUUGCGCAAUAACCAAGUACAAUCAAAUACGAGCCUCUUGGCCGCAGCCGCGAGCUCAAACCCACAGCACUCAUCUCAAGCCCCGGACGGCAAAAUCGCAUGCGCAAUGAAGAAAACAAAACAAAACAAAACAAAACAAAGAAUGCAGGUCGACGACAGCAAGUACAAAGAGCAGCUCCACAAAAUGGCAUCACGACAAAAUGGAGCGGAGCGCAUGCGCAGGAAGGUGGAGG